CUGGCGAACGCCAGCAAAAUCCGCUUCCGGCACAGAGCUGGAGGGAACAGAGCUGGAGGCAGUUUCGGCAUCACCCGUCGCCACUCCGGACCACAGAGCCUUGAGUGGAGGGUCAAAUACAACAGCACGCCCCAACACUCCGAUAACGCGGGUGCGCCGCGAAAAAAGGGGCAAAGGCUAUAUUCUGAUUUUUGAGCCGACUUUGCCAGCAGAAGCGAUUGGGUCUCUUGCUCCGAAUGUGAUGAAUGCUCGAUUUGACCGCCCAGAAAAAUGCAACGAACAAUUCUCGGGCGAGCACGGACAGGCUUUAUGGUUGGCUUUCAACUUCAGAGGUGACUACCGAGCCAUAAUAGUUCCUGUAUUCCGGCCUUCCAUGCAAUGGGGUAUCAAGAUGGCACGAACGAGGGCAUCGCGCCGAAGAUUACACGAAAACAGACUAUUGACCGACGACGCAAAGAACAGAAUGGCAAAUGAAAGAAAAGAUGGAGCAAAACCAAGCAUGAAGGAGGAACCUUCCGACAGCCUAUCGAGCUGGCGUGACUUCGUUGACGCCAACCCCGGCGAAAAAGAGGAGAAAAUCUGGGAAAGAAUCCAGCGGUAUUACAACCGGCACCGUCCUUGGUAUCAUUGCCUCUUGCCUUUCUGGCGGCCCAAAGUAGUAGUGGAGUCAACGGUCGUUAUACAAACUCCGCGAGGAGACGAAUUCGGCGUGACACUCGAGCACGCAAAUUUCGAAACAGUGCGGAAACAAUCAAACGAGCGAUGUGUCGAAACACUGCAAGAGCUAGAUGGAUACGGACUUAUUGAAGGUCCUGACGACAUUGCCCAUCAGGAGAAGGCCUACCGUAACGAGUGCCUGGCUCGAAUUGAUCGCCACUACCACUUCAUUGAUUGCUACAAAGACCCCUCGAUAGCAGGAAUGCCACCCCUGCUUACCAAAGAAGGAGCCCUGGAGCCCUGUAUCAAAGAUCGACAAACGAUCAAUGAGCUCGAGUUACCCAGCGAACGCAACGGGGCGCCAGCAUUUCCCCGUAUGAGCGGGAUCUACAUCGAAUACGAUUUCGACAUGCAGACGCAUGAGUUGGAAAAGUUGGUGGUUGCGUCCUUCGCCAUUGUUGUGGUGUUGGUUUGGAAAGGUGCAACGGGAGAUUGGAGCACCGCGGUGGCUGUUGGCAGUUUCAUUGUCGGUGUUUCAGGCUUGAUCAUCAAGCGAAGCCAGCGAGGAAGCCCCUUGGGCACCAAGACUAUCAAGACUGACUGAACUGUGUUCGAAUCCGUGGAAGGUAGGGAGGCUUUGUGGAUAUUCAGAAGUCAUGAUCGCCGGCGUUUCGCGAAGCGCUGUCCGAUGUGGGUAGCCUGGAGAGCGGCGGUGCCAGCCAGGUUGCGUGACGGUGG